CGUGACACAACACCAGUCCCAACAUGCUGACUCUUAACUCUCUCUAAUUUUUUUCCCUACAAAAAAUCAACAAAAUUUAGCAAAAACUUCCGCCUUCACGUUCACGAAUCUUUUGACAAAGGUUCAGUGCAAAUGAUCGGGUUUUAAAUAACUUGAAUUCGUCGAAAUUUUUUAACUUGCUUGUUCAGUUUUUGAGCUUGUGUUGACUCUUUUUACAGUUUCUUUUUUCCUGCUUCAGGUUGUUUCUGUUAACAAGUAAGUCCCACCCUUUUGCUUUCCUGUUCUCAUCGUCUAUUAUUUGACCUUCUUUUUUGGGUGUCUCCUAUUUGAUUAAUCUUUUUUUAGAAUUUGGGCUGAAAGAAUUAAUCUUUUUUGUUUAUCUGAUCAUGAGUUUUGUUUAGUUUUCUUUGAAGAUGUGUGGAGUGAGAGGUGUGUCUCAGUUAGGAUACUGUGUGCUUUGUCAGUUACAAUCAUCGUUUACUUUACCUUUUUUGUGGGGGAGGAGGAGGGGUGGAUAGGUUAAUUUUCAGGUUGACUUUAACUAUAAGCUUGAAUUAUUGUUUCUAACCUAUAAAUGAAAAAGUAAAACAACAACAACAACAACAAUACCUUAAUUCCAAAUAGAUUGGGGUCGGUUGCUAUAUGAAUCUUUAAAUCUUUAUUUAAACUCAACUCAUGUCAUCAUUAUACCAAAUAAAAUUAAAAGUGAAAAAUAAUUUAAAUAUAUUUUAUAUUUAUUUUGAAGAACAGAACACCCCAGACCCCAUUUAUGGGAUAACUCUGGGUUUGUUGUUGUUGUUGUUGUCUGAAGAACAGAACACCAUGGAAACAAGGUACCCCAAUAGGAGGUACCAACUAGCUGGAGCAAAGGUUACUAUUAUUGGCACACUUACAUGUCCAAUGGUAGAGAGGAGUCUCUUAAGUUUUGUGAGAUUGUAUGACAGUGUAGGGGAAGGAGUGAGAUUUGGAGCAUUCAGGGUUUUAGAGAAUCAUUAUAUUGUCCUAAAAGACAAAGUGCAGAGUAGUGGAAUAAAUGGGCCUAAAUGGAAUAGAGUGGAUACAGAUUCACUCACCAAAUAGUUUUAGAUUGAUAGAUUGCUGAUCUCAAAUGCUAUGACAGAAUUCUUAAUGUGAACACUGACUAAAUGCUACUACUGAAGGAGAGUUUAUUUGGGUAUUUCUCUGCAAUUGCCUGAUUUAACCUUUAUCGCGUGCAUCCAAGAAACUUUUAGAGUCUAAAAAAAAAGGGCAGUUCAGUGCACUAAGUUCCCGCUAUGCGAGAGGUCUGGGAGGAUCGGACCACAUUGGAUUUUAUGUACGUACUCUUACCUUGUAUUUCUGCAAGAGACUGUUUUUGCAGCUUGAACCCAUGACCUCUUGCUCACAUGGCGGCAACAUUUACCGGUGUCCCAAGGUUCCCCUUCUUUUGAAGUCUAGAGUGAGGGAAAGUUAGAAGAUCGUUUAAAGUUUCAGCAAGCACCAAAAAGAAAAGAGAGAGGUUAUACGAGAGCUGCUUUACUGGCUGAGCGUCUUCCACUACAAGAUUUCAUAUUGUAAAUAUGUAGUUGCUUGUUCUACUGUAAUACAGGAGAAUGGCUGGGAAAGCUGUGGUUAAGCAGCCAACAUCUGCAUUCGACUUUGAGAUUGUUGAAGGUGUUUCUGAUAAGCUUACAACUGUUGUGGCAUCCUCUAGCCAGAGUAGCCCAUGGAUUGACCCUGCAACUAUUAAACUUAGACAGAGAAUUGGAAGGGGUCUAUUUGGUGAUGUUUGGUUAGCAACUCGUCACCAAGCCACUGCAGAUUAUGACGAGUAUCAUGAAGUAGCUGUGAAGAUGUUACAUCCUAUGAAGGAGGAGAACAUCAAUGUUGUCUUAGAUCGGCUGGGAAAUUUGUUUACUCAGUGUCAAGAACUACAACAUAUUUGCUGGCUUCAGGGUCUGUCUGUGAUAAAUGGAAAGCUAUGCAUUGUUAUGAAGUUCUAUGAAGGUUCUGUUGGUGAUAAAAUGGCUCGUGCAAAAGAAGGAAAGCUGUCCUUGCCAGAUGUUAUAAGGUAUGGGACUGAUCUUGCUCGUGGGAUAAUGGAGUUACACACAAAGGAGAUCUUGAUUCUUAACCUUAAACCUUAUAAUUUCCUUUUGAAUGAAAACGACCAUGCAAUUUUGGGGGAUAUUGGGAUUCCUUAUCUGCUUCUUGGAGUUCCUUCGUUGAGUUCAGAUAUGUCAAGAAGACUUGGCACCCCGAAUUACAUGGCUCCAGAACAAUGGCAGCCAGAAGUUAGAGGUCCCAUAUCCUUUGAGACUGACUCAUGGGGAUUCGGUUGCAGCAUUGUGGAAAUGCUGACCGGUUCUCAGCCAUGGAGUGGUAAAUCAGUUGAUGAAAUAUUUAAAUCUAUUGUAAAGAGACAAGAGAAACCACAUAUUCCUGAAGGACUCCCUCCUGCGGUUGAAAGGGUCAUAAUUGGUUGUUUUGAGUAUGAUUUCCGGAAUCGCCCUCUGAUGGGAGACAUUUUGCAUGCAUUUCUAAG